AUGUCGGACAUUUGCAUAUUGUGUUUGAAUGUUAUUGUGAAAAUUAAUGAAAAGCAUCGUGUCGAAGGUAAAGGAGCUUUCAAAGUAAUUCCUGAACUGGAAAGUUUUUCUUUCAAAGUAGAAAGAGUGAGUCCUUUUAUCUGCGCUGGAUGUGUUAAAAAGCUGAAGAAACGAAGAAACCUCAUCACACAAAUUGAGUGUAUCGACGAGUUUUAUCGCACUAUUCAAACUAAAUCAACGUGUUCGUCAAGCUCUUCGCUAAAAAGAACAAGUGAUAUCAGUUUGGACAGUGUUGGUAUUAAAAUACAUUGUGGAAAUGAGGGUGAACGCUCGCCUAGUACAAGCACAGAAACGAUAGAGCGGCCAUCUUCCAGUUCUCGUUGCAGUUCACCUGUACGUCCAGAUAAUAUACCUCCACAAUGGCCUGUGUCCCCAAUUAAGCAUAGAGAAAACUCAGAAGAGGGCCCUAAAUCUACGAAUGUGUAUGUGAAAGUUGAGUGGCCCAGUAAAAAUGCUGAACGAAAGUUGCCAGGUGAUCUAGAGUCGCUAGGAAAAAUGCUUGUACGAGGAACAUACAAACAGAUAGCGAACGCAGCAUGGAAGAACACAAGCAUCAAGAAACAACUCCAACUGUUAAUGUUAAAUGACAUAAACCGAGAAUGUUCUGAUCUUUGCUCAAGGAAAAAUCCAAGCUGUCUAAGGAGCCCGAACAAGGAAAAUAUGUUGAAAUUUUCAAUCGAACAUUUUAACAAGGAAUUGAAGAAAAGAGCCCCAUUGACAUUUUCCGUGUUAGUUGCUGCUUCUGUGAACCCUCGAAGUAGAUCCAGGGCAAACAAGAAUGGCUUAAAUAUUGAAACAUUUUGGUCACCUGCUGUUGGUAUGGCUGCAGCAGUUUGCCUGAGAAACAGGUCAAGAUUUAUGAAUGCGCUACAAUUAUUAAUUACAAUAUUCAACUACCACUCUGGAUGGCAGGUGUGUAUAUCUAUUUUCAUUUUUAAUACUAUACAUAUUAUUUUAGAAUAUUUUGGUGUUAUUACUAAUAUUAGUGUCAUGUGUAUUGAUUCAAAUAAAGUCUUUAUUAUUAUUAUAAUUAAUUAUUAUUAUUAUUUAGCACAGUUUGCCUGAGUGUGUGUGGGGGGGGGGGUCUUGGCCCUUGGGGUUUAAAAUUCUGCGUCUUCAGCUUUCCCUAAGAUUGGGAGUUACAACUGACAACUGAUUUAUUAUAACAAAAUAUAAUUGUGGAUUAGUUGGUUAACGUUAUCUGAAUUAUAAUCUUGACUGUGACGUGCCAAUGUAGGUAGUGAAGAAUAGAGUAUGCUUGCAUGCAGCUUUGAUGUGCGAUGUAGCUACAUGAAAAAUAGAAUAGUUUAAUGAUCCAAUAAGUGUGCAAAAUUGUAUAUAUUAUAAAUUAUUUAGGCAACCCUUGCACGACUGGCCUCAUUACGAAUAACAACAUCACAUACAUAUUUGUAUAAAAAGCUGGACGAAUAUGGAGCUGGGUAUCGUGAUGAAAUAUUAAAUGCUGUUGAGAAUCAAUGCCUGUUUCUGAAAAGAAAUCCUGAAGUGGUGGAGUCUGAUGACCAACAAUCAUGUGACCAUGGGCGGAAAAUCACAAUUGACAAUUUUGAUUACCGGCAAAAUGUGCACCAUAUGACAGAAGAGCAUCAGAACAUCGAUGUUCAUCAUGUCACUGUGAUGUCAACUGAGAACAGAAUUGGAGCUGUAGACUUCAGUGACCAGAAGAAAGAAGAUGGAAUUAUGAAGCUUGAGAAUGGAAAAUUCAUACCAAGUGAUGAUGACCACCAAUUGCAGAGAAAGAAUUUCAUUACUUUAGUUGGUAGAAUACUUGUGGCUAAUAUACCAUGUCUGAAAUUCUUGGCUGAUGUUGUCACAUCUCAUAUACCACACAAAUACAGUUCGCAAAUGGCAAAGAAGACGAAUACUGUAAGUAGAUUUACUGGACAGAGUACAUUUUUAGUUAUAAUAACCUUGAACAGUAUGUGCCAGUGUUGGUAGCGAUAACAACAACAAUGCACUUCGGAUUGUUAGG